UUCCAAACACAUGUAACGUCACAUUUGCCUUACAGUAGACAGUCAUUGAUUAUAAUAGGAGCGUUCAAUAGUCUGACGUGUCGCGAGCAUUGUUGACGAGAUGAUUCCAACAACUACUGAGCACCAGCGAAAUAUAUGGGUCGCUUCGCCUUCUCACUUCGCUCAGACACAAUGAAACUCAUCAUAACCAAUGACUAUGACCAGGUCAGCGAAUGGGCAGCCAGAUACAUCAGGAACAGAAUAAGAAAGUUUAAUCCAGGUCCUGACAGAUUUUUCACCAUGGGGCUUCCAACAGGAAGCACUCCACUUGGAUGUUACAAGAAACUGAUUGAGUAUCACAAAAAGGGGGAAAUAUCUUUUCAAUAUGUGAAAACAUUUAAUAUGGAUGAGUACGUAGGACUUCCUAGAGACCAUCCUGAAAGUUACCAUUCAUUCAUGUGGAACAGCUUCUUCAAGCACAUUGACAUCCGAGCAGAGAAUGCUCAUAUCUUGGAUGGCAAUGCAGCUAAUCUAGAGGAAGAAUGUCAGGACUUUGAAGCCAAGAUCAAAGCGGCAGGAGGAAUUGAACUUUUUGUUGGCGGUAUUGGACCUGACGGUCACAUCGCUUUUAAUGAGCCUGGCUCUAGUCUUGUGUCCCGAACCCGUGUGAAGACCUUGGCUAUGGACACAAUCCUGGCUAAUGCACGUUUCUUUGAUGGAGAUCUCUCUAAAGUUCCCACCAUGGCCCUUACGGUUGGGGUUGGCACAGUAAUGGAUGCUCGGGAGGUCAUGAUCCUAAUCACCGGUGCCCAUAAAGCAUUUGCCCUCUACAAAGCCAUAGAAGAAGGAGUGAAUCACAUGUGGACUGUGUCUGCAUUCCAGCAACACCCCCAGACUGUGUUUGUGUGUGAUGAAGAUGCCACACAUGAGCUGAGGGUCAAAACGGUCAAGUAUUUCAAAGGCAUGAUGCAUGUGCACAAUAAGAUGGUGGAAGAGCUAUAGAUUGAUUCUGACAAGAAUGAACACUCCUAUUUUGUUGAGCGAAGCUAAUAAAACCAAUAUGUAGUUAAGUAUUCCAAAAAUUAUUCUCUUUUUUCAGUUCCUAUUUUUUUGUUGUUGUAUUUUCUAUUGCCUAAUGUUUUUUUUUUGUUUUUUUUUUUUUAAGUAAACCUCUAAAUACUUGACAUUUAAUUAGAAUGUGAUCAUAUUAUAAUCGAUUGGUAAUCCCACUGUCUCAAAUGUGACCAAAUAAAAAACUAUAUAUAUUUU